CUCCACCUGGCCACGUGGCCCGCGGAGAGGCACCUUCGCCCGUCGCGGGGCGCUCGGCCACCCAGGCUCGCGCGAAGCCGCCCCUCGCUGCGGGUGGUCCCUGAGUGCACCCUGGAGGUCCGGGCUGCCGACCUCAGCGGAGACGGGCUCGAGGCCACCGCCGCUGCUGUCGUCCAGGUGCACGUGAGGCCCGGAAGCGCUGGUGCCGUCCCGCCGCCUGCACCCGCCCUUACUCCUUACUGUGCGCUAACCGCCCGCGCCCCCCAGCCCCACACCCCCCAGCCCCACGCCCCCCGGCCCCAUGCCCCCCAGUCCCCCUCUUGCAAGGCAGUGGGGUCGGACGAGCGCGGCUCCCCGCAGCCCCCGCUCGGGGCUCCCCGGGCUCCCUGCGGCGGCUCCUCCCGGCCCAGUGCCCCCGAGCCCCGCGGGGCUCCCGGCGCGCUGCCCACAGGAGCCGCCCACGCCCGCCCUGCCUCGUGCCGGGAGGAGCGCCCGGCUCUGCCGCGGCCACUAGCACCCAUGGCACAGGCUAGCGGCACCCACCCACGGCAGCUCUGGGGUGGGAGGUGGUGUCCUGCGUGGCGGCACCGUCUGAGGUCUGAGCAGGGCAGGGGAGGUGCAGGUAAGCGGUGCCGGCGCCUCGCCGGCGUCCUCAGCUCAGCCAGCCACCAGCACCCGGAGCCGGGCGGGCAGCGAGGCCCCUUCCCGCUCCAGGAGCAGCCGGUCCUGCCGGGCAGCAGCAACGGCCGGCAGCAGCUCCGGGGCAGCCGCCCCGGUGAGCUCAGCCUGGGGCUCCCGGAGGGAAGGGCCCGGCAGCUCCCGAGCGCCUGCAGGGUUAACGUCUGCAGCGGGCACGUGACUCGCGGUGACACCGCGGGUCAGUGCAGGCUGGGAAAACAGCAGCAGUGGGGACAGGGCUGCUUCCUCCGGGACUGGACACCGCGGUCCCAGGACGAGGGACAGGCUGAGCCGGGCGGGAGCUGGGAAUGCCGGGCUGAGCGGGAGCCCAGGGAGGCGGCAGCCCCAGCACGCAGCCAGGGAGCCAGCACCAGAGGCGGCAGCAGUGCCCGGUGCCGCCUGGGCGAGAGCGCGGCUCUGCACUCACGUGGCUAAGGCAUGUCCGAGUCGCCGAAAGGCUCCGUGACCACCCAUGUGCUGAACACCGCGACGGGCCUGCCAGCAGCAGGCCUUGCCCUGCGCCUGGCCCAGCUCCAAGGGCCAGAGCCGCGGUGGACGGAGCUGACGCAGAGGGUGACGGACGAGGACGGGCGCUGCCUGCCCCUCCUGGCUCCGGGGCAAGCCAAGGCCAGCACCUACAAACUGCACUUUGAGACUGCGGCGUACUGGCAGGGUCUGGGGCAAAACAGCUUCUACCCCUACGUGGAGGUUGUCUUCACCAUCGCUGACCCAGCCCAGAAGCUGCACAUCCCACUGCUGAUCAGCCCUUACUCCUAUACCACGUACCGGGGCAGUUAAGGAGCAAGGCGGGUCCUCCCCCACGCAGCUGCAGCCCCAGGGAGGGACACAGGGCGCUGACAUAGGAGACCGACACCAUUAAAGACUUCAAACAACA